AAUGGUGACGUGUUCAAUACUUAUUUUACCCGCUGUAUCAGCUAAAAGCUAAAGGCAACAAAAUCUUAAAUUUAAAAUUAACAAAAGGUUAUCUAAAAGAGUAAAGUGCUGAGSUGGCUUCCUGCAAUUAAGCUUUAUCAUGCGAAAGAGAGAAAAAGGUGAAAACCAGAUCAUCUGAAACACUAGUUAAAUAAAAUAUUAAAUCUGUGAGAAGCACUGAACAUAAGUUGAUACAUAAAAAUCAUAGAGAUCAUGUACCAACAACAAAGACCGAGACACCUCUCAGUUCUCAGACAGACACUCCCCUCGGUGGUUUUUAAAAAUAACUCUGACAUGUGUUUUACUGCGACCUUCUCCAGCUGGUUCCGUCAGUCACAAACCAAAACAAGAUGGCAGACUUCAGGAGCUGGUUCAUCUUCCUAACAGUUAUUGCUGGCAGCUUGUUUGGGGCCAAUACAGAGGUGAAAGUUACCAUUCCUGUGGGGAGGUUUUUUACCUACGAGCUGAUGAGAGAGACUUUCCAGAAUGACUUUGAACCUUUGGCACAACUCUAUGUUGGACACCUCUACAACGAUCCCAUGACAUUUAAGUGCAACAAGCAGGGUUUCCCAGACCUCCCAGAGUGGCUGCGCUUCGUCCAAAGACACCCCUUAGAUGAUGGCUUCCUGUACGGCACCCCGACAUCUCCGGGGAAAACUACAAUCGAGAUUUAUGCAAUCAACAAACGCKGCUACGAUACAGCCAGACAGAUUCUUGUGAUCAAAGUGGUUCCGGAGAGGAUGCUGCCAUACCAAGCCGAGUUCUUCCUCAAGCUGAGGGAGGUUGAGAAGGUGCUGCCCUCUUCUGUUCAGGGCGAGAUCAAGCAGGAUUUGAAGUAUUUGUGGAAGACGGACAGUUUGGAAAUCGUCAACAUCACCAACGCCCUGGACCGAGGUGGCAGAGUUCCCCUGCCUCUCGCGGGACACUACGAAGGCGUGUACGUGAAGGUGGGGUCGGAGAAGUUCUUCUCAAAGUGUCUGCAGCGCGUGUGGAAACCGGAGCACCAGAGGGAGUGUGCCGCGGCGUCCGGAGGGAAGACGAGCGGAGACUGCAGCUCCUGCGCGAUUCCCAGCAACUGUAUCACCUGGUGCAAGACGGAGCUGUUUGACCUGACGAAGAGGGAACCAGAACCUCCUMCUCCCACCAUGGGUUCUGGGGUUUUAGAGACCGGAGGUGACUUUAACCCUCCAGAGUCCCCUCCGAGCCGGGACUUUUUCCCGGACUACCUGGUGACGGUGAUCGUGCCGCUGCUCCUCGCCAUCGUUCUGUGUCUGCUGCUGGCCUACAUCAUGUUCGGCCGGAGAGAGGGCGUCGCAAAAAGAGACGCAAGAACCAACAACAUCCAGCUGUACCACCACCACACCAUCCAGGGCAACGCAGAAGAGCUGAGGGGCAUGGCGGCAAGCCGUGGGGUCCCGCCGCCUCUGUCCACGCUGCCCAUGUUCAACAGCCGAACCGGAGAACGGGCCUCGCCGCUGCAGUCCGACAGCAUCCCCCUCAUCAUGGCCCAACAGGAUCCCUACAGCGACACUUUGCCAAGGAAGUAAAACAAUGGAUCAAGUGUUUUUGAUGCACUGAGUGUUUGUUUGCUUCUAUUUUAGCAGUGAGGCAAGUGUGUUUUAUUAUUCUUUUGAUUUCUUUGAAAUAAAUAAGUGAAUAGUG